CCAACCCCACCACAGCGUCAUCACUGCCGCAAAGGAGCCCUUCUACCCCGCAAGACGACCAACACACGCACGCGCACCAGCAUCGCAAGCGUGCGCGCCACGGCCACGGCCUUUCAAUCCCUGCAAGGCUGAAAGCAGCACUGGCCCCUUCUUUCAGGAAUGCGAUCGAUGGGGUUGUAGCCAGUGUGGUCUCGUGGGUCGUCGUCUUCCUCGAGCCAGCAGACUAGCGGAGCGCGCGCGUUCGAUCUGUUCCAAUGGAGGUGCACGGCGCCACGCCGCGCGUGGGCUCGGAGUCCAUGUUCCUGCCGUUCCUGGCGAUGUUCGCGUCCAUCUACCUCGUCGGCUACUUCAUCGUCUUCCGCAGCUGGGGCGCGCAGCGCCGGCCCGAGGCCGCCAGCUGCUUCACCUCGCUCUUCCACGGCACGCCCGCGGCCCUGCUCGCCCUCCGUGCCGUGCUGUCCCGCGCGCACCCUGGUGACAUCGCGCUCCUCGGGGCGCCCAACACGGCUGUCGAGGACCUGGUCCUGGACUUCAGCACGGCCUACUUCGCCGUCGACCUCGCGCACUACCUCCUCUUCCUGCCCGGGGAGAUGCUCUUCGUCGCGCACCACCUCGCCACGCUCUACGUCCUCGCCACCUGCCGCCACGCCGCGCUCCGCAGCGCGCACGCGCUGCUAGCGCUGGUGGUGCUCGCCGAGGCCACCAGCGCCGCGCAGAACGUGUGGACGCUCGCCGGCAUGCGGCGGCACGACUCGCCCGCUGCCGCCAGGGUGUAUCUCAAGCUGUCGCUGCCGUUCUACGUGGCGUACACGGCCGCGAGGGCCGUCCUCGCGCCGGCGUGGUUCGUGAGGAUGGUGAGGUUCUACGCCUCUGAGGAUGGUGGCGACGUGCCGGCGUGGGCGUGGGUGUCGUGGACGGUGGUGAUCGGCGCCGGGAUAGCGCUCAGCGUGCUGUGGGUGGGCAACCUGUGGGUGGCAUACUUCAGUGAGAGGAAGCAGAGCAGGCUGCUGGAGAGCAAAAAGGAGCAGUGAUCAAUUCUGCAGCUACUGAGUUCAUUCAUUUCACUGCAGCUAUUGAGUGGAUCUUGUUAUUGUGUAUGUUAUGAAGUUGAUGCAUAGAGAUAUAUCUUAUGAUCUUUGAAUGA